AUGUCUUGGUUCAAGCGCGGCAACACCCCCGUUAUACCCCCUGUCGCCUCGGAGCAGGCCUCCCGCGCCGAAUUGAUGGGUUCCCGUGCUAAGGGCGACCGUUCUCCUAACCCCUCCGCCGUCUACACAAAGUCGACGUCGAGCACAUAUGUUCCCAGUCGCGAUGGCGAUCCCUACAGCACGCCCCAUGCCCCUUCAUCUACCAGUGCUGUCAAUGAUCGAUAUGCAAAGCGCGAUGCUGUUGGAGACGUCUACAGCCGUGGCGGUGGCAACGUCGACAAAGACCGCGGCGAGCUCUUCUCUGGCUACAAUCCAGAGAAGGCAGGCUCUGGCCGUUUCUUCGAUGAUGGACCUGCGAGCGGACGCGAGCCCGCCCCUGGGGAGGAGAGCGAGGAGGAGGUCGAAGGGAUUAAGCAGCAGAUCAGGACGACGAAGCAGGAGAGUUUGGCAUCAACUCGUAACGCCCUUCGGCUGGCCCGUGAGGCGGAGGAGACUGCAAGGAACACCGUUGGGAGGCUGGGCUCUCAGUCAGAGAAAUUGGCGGACACUGAACGCCACCUCGAUGUAUCCAAGGGCUACUCGUUGCGUGCUGAGGACAGGACGGACGAGCUGAAGCAGCUCAACCGUUCGAUCUUUCGGCCCGUCAUCACUUUCAACAAAGAUGCGAAACGUGCAGCGCAGGAGGCGAAGAUUCAGGAUCGUUACACGGAGGAGCGUGAGCAGCGGGAGAAAGCGAUGAUGGAUAUUCGCCAGACGCAGGAUCGUCUGGGGCGUGCGCAGACGUACGGCGAGGGCGGCAGCAGCCGAUUCAACAAGACUGCCGCUGAGCUCAACACGCGCAAGGAACAGCGCAAGCGUUACCAGUUCGAGUCGACUGGGUCUGAUGACGAGCUCGAGGAUGAGUUGGAUGAUAACCUGAAUGAGAUCUCGGAUGUGACGAAGAGAUUGAAGGCGCUUGGGACGGCGAUGGGUCAGGAACUCGAUACGCAGAACGUCCGGAUUGACAAUAUCACUAACAAGGCGGACACGCUGGACAACGCGUUGUUCCGCAACACUCAGAAGCUCAACAAGAUCAAGUAA